AGAUUCCACUCUAGGUCUCCGAUAAUAUAUACCAUUAUCAGCUCACCUUAUAUAUCUUUCUCCUUUCAUUCAUAUUCCCAUUCCCAUUCCCAUUCCCAGUCUUAGUUCCUUCUCUCUCCGACUCCUCUUUCACCAUGAGUUUGAAACCUCAAACUAUCCUCCCCAAAACAACGCUCUUUCUCCCACUCCUGGAAUCCCAUUCCAGAAGGUCUUUCCCGAGCACAACACCUUCUCCACUUCCACCUCUUCUAUUCCUCCACCGCAGCUCCCUUCGCCUCCCCAACAACCCUCGUUCCAAGGUUGUUCAAGGGCUCCGAUUCGAUGGUCCUGUAAUGGAGAUUAACGAGAUUUUGGAAAUGGAGGACGGAGAAUUUGAAAUGGAGACUUGCAUUACGCGUACUCUGCCUCCGGCUUUGACGCUUGACCAUGGGCUUGACAGAAUCAAAGAAGCUGUGGAGAAUUUAAAGCUCAAUCCUCCUCCCACUUCUGCCUCUAGCGGAUUCUUCAGGUUUCAGGUAGCUGUGCCUCCUAGUGCGAAAGCUUUUAAUUGGUUUUCCUGUCAGCCAGAGUCGUCUUCUGUAUUUCCUUUGUUUUUCAUAUCUAAGGAUACAAAUGAGCCGAGUUACAAGUCUCUGGUUUUGAAUGAAACUCGUGGGGUCUUUGGGAUUGGUGCUGCUGUUUACUUCAAGCGAAAUUCUUCUGGCGCCUCAGGAAAGAAGAAUAGGCCCAAAAGAUAUAUCUCAAAUGAAUCAUCACCAAUAAUGGCUUAUGGUUUUGUGGAUUUUGAUUUCAACAAAGAAUUGUCUGUCAUGGAACAUCAGGCAGAAUCUUAUUACUUCUUCAUUCCUCAGAUUGAGUUAAAUGAGUGUGAAGGUGUUUCUAUUUUAUCAGCAACACUUGUGUGGUGUAAUUAUUCCUUUUCUACAUUUGAGGAAGCCCUAAAUUCUUUUGAAUUGUCUCUUAUCCAGGCUUAUUCUCACUUUUUGCCCACGGCAGAGAAAUGUUACACCAGAAACGCUACGCUGAGAAAGCUAAAUAUGGUUGAGGACAGAACUAUUCCUAAGGUUUACAUGAACACUCUUUUGCCAAGUGGGAAGUAUGUUGUGGAUGACAUCAAAGAACUGAGGGAAGCUCCAUCUUCCAAGCAGUUCUGUGUUAGGCUCUCUGGAAGCAUUGUUGUUUCCAGUAACAUGCAGCUGGAUCAAAACAGUGGACUCGGCUACUCAAUGCAAGAUUGUGCCAAUAUAAAUACUGUUUGGGCAUCACUUAUAAUUGAGGAAUGUUCUCGUCUCGGUUUGAUGUAUUUUUGUGUAGCCCCUGGGUCAAGAUCAUCUCCCCUUGCUAUUGCUGCUUCCACUCAUCCACACAUUACAUGUGUUGUGUGUUAUGAUGAGCGCUCACUUGCAUUUCAUGCUGUUGGUUAUGCCAGAGGAUCUCGUAAACCAGCAGUAGUCAUAACAUCAUCUGGAACUGCAGUUUCAAAUCUUCUUCCUGCUGUUGUUGAGGCUUCUCAAGAUUUUGUACCUCUUCUCUUGCUCACAGCUGAUCGCCCAGCUGAGCUGCAGGAUGCUGGGGCAAACCAAUCAAUAAAUCAGAUAAAACAUUUUGGUUCUUUUGUGAGGUUCUUCUUCAGCCUUCCUGCACCCUCCGAUUGCAUUCCUGCUAGACUGGUACUUACGACAGUUGAUUCUGCUGUACACUGGGCAACUUCUUCACCUGGUGGCCCUGUUCAUAUUAAUUGUCCUUUCAGGGAGCCACUAGAAAAUAGUCCUAGCAAAUGGAUGUCAAGCUGUUUAAAAGGAUUAGAUUUCUGGAUAAAUAGUGCUGAGCCAUUUACCAAGUAUUUUGAUGAACAUUGUGCUCAUGCAUGUAAAGUUUGCCCUCAUGACAUGUCAGAGGUUGUAAAUGCAAUUCAAAAGGCAAACAAAGGGAUUCUAAUUAUUGGUGGGAUUCAUACAGUGGAUGAGAUGUGGGCGGUUCUUCUCUUGGCUAAACACCUUUCAUGGCCUGUUGUAGCUGAUAUUUUGUCAGGAUUACGGCUGAGAAAACUUUUGACGUCUUUUCCUGAAAUUAAAGCUAACAUCUUAUUCAUUGAUCAUCUUGAUCAUUCUCUGCUGUCAGAUGUUGUCCGUGACUGGAUGCAUGUAGAUGUGAUUAUUCAGAUUGGGAGUAGGAUUAUAAGCAAGCGUGUUUCAAAGAUGUUAGAGGACUGCUCUCCAUGCUCUUACAUCAUGGUGGACCACCAUCCAUUCCGCUAUGAUCCUUCUCAUAUUGUAACACAUAGGAUACAAAGUAGCAUCGUCAAGUUUGCUAAUUAUAUAAUGCAAGUUGAAUUUCCGCAAAAGAGAAACAGAUGGAGCUCUUAUCUACACACAGUGAAUCUGAUGGUAGCCAGGGAGUUGUCAUUUCAAAUUUCUGCUGAAUACUCCUUGACUGAGCCGCAAGUUGCACAAGUAAUUUCAGAAGAACUUUCUGGUGAUACAGCUCUUUUCAUUGGAAAUAGUAUGGCAAUACGUGAUGCAGACAUGUAUGGUCAUGGCUGGUCAAGUUGUGACAGUACUUCAGCAAUGGUUUUAAACUCAGAAGUACUUUGUCAAUUGGUUUGGGUCGUUGGGAACAGAGGAGCUAGUGGUAUUGAUGGGUUGGUCAGUACAGCUGUUGGCUUUGCAGUAGGAUGCAAUAAACGGGUCCUUUGUGUAAUUGGAGAUGUUUCUUUUCUUCAUGAUACCAAUGGCUUGGCACUUUUGAAGCAAAGGAAUUCACGGAAACCAAUGACAGUACUUGUGAAUAACAAUCACGGAGGUGCGAUUUUCAGCCUUCUUCCAAUUGCUGAAAGAACUGAAGAAAGAAUACUAAAUCAAUAUUUCUACACUUCUCAUGACAUUUCAAUCCGUGGACUGUGUAUGGCACAUGGUGUGAAGCAUGUGGAAGUACAGACAAAGGCCGACCUUCAUGAUGCAUUAGUCCGAUCUAAAUACCAAGAAAUUGAUUGUGUUAUUGAAGUUGUGAGCUCUAUCGAUUCCAACGCUACCUUCCACAGUAUUUUGAGAAAGUUUGCACGUCAAGCGGCAGAUCGUGCUUUAAGAUUCCUUCUAAGGCUUCCUGUUGAAGACUCUGUAUCUGAUCUUUUUUGUUGCAAAGUCCAAUCUAUCAAGUACUCAAUAAUUAGAAUACCACUAUGUGCACCACCUACUUUGAGCAUUGUUGAUUACAACAGCACCGGCUUCUAUAGAGAAGGGUUUAUCUUAUCUUUGUCUCUUGAAGAUGGAUCUGUUGGAUUUGGUGAGGUUUCUCCAUUUAAUGUCAGCAAUGCAAACUUGCUGGAAGUGGAAGAACAACUGAGGUUUCUUCUUUAUAAAAUGAAAGAGGCUGAAAUUGAUUGUUUCCUUCCUCUGCUUAAGGGUUCAUUUUCCUCUUGGAUAUGGACCCACUUGGGAAUCCGGCCAUCAUCUCUCUUCCCAAGUGUUAGAUGUGGUUUGGAAAUGGCUAUCCUCAAUGCCUUAGCUGCAAGACAAGGUCUCGAUCUUUUAAGUCUACUCCAUGCUCAAAAAGUUGAAGCUAUACCUAAAGGAUCAUCAAAUGUUAAAAUUUGUGGCCUUGUUGAUUCCAGUGGAACGCCCACUGAGGUUGCUAAUAUUGUUGCGAAACUUGUAGAAGAAGGUUUUGGUGCAAUAAAGCUGAAGGUAGCUCGCCAGAGAAGUCCUUCACACGAUGCUGAAGUAAUACAAGAAGUUAGAAAGAAGAUUGGACACAAAAUUGAACUUCGUGUAGAUGCCAAUCGAAACUGGACCUAUACAGAAGCGAUCGAGUUUGGCUCUCUAGUGAAGGAAUGUGAUUUGCAGUAUAUUGAGGAACCUGUUCAGAAUGAGGCUGAUAUUAUCAAGUUUUGUGAAGAAAGUGGGUUACCUGUGGCAUUGGAUGAAACUCUUGAUUGUCUUCAAGAAAAUUCACUUAAUGAAUUAAUGAAGUAUACUCAUCCAGGAAUAGUUGCUAUUAUUAUUAAACCAGGUGUGGUUGGUGGCUUUGAGAACACAGAAUUGCUUGCCCAAUGGGCCCAAAAGCAUGGGAAAAUGGCUGUUGUAAGUGCUACGUAUGAAAGUGGCCUAGGGUUGUCAGCAUAUAUUCAUUUGGCCUGUUAUCUUGAUCUGAAUUAUGGGGAGAUAAGCAAACUAAUGAACAAGAAAACAGGCCCAUCUGUAUUCCAUGGUCUAGGAACUUACCGAUGGCUUAAAGAAGAUGUGGCUACAACUCCUCUCAAGAUAAGUUGCAAUCCAUACAGUGGCUUCAUAGAAGCAUCUAUUGCUGAUGCUAAUCAACUUCUGCAGUCAUUUCAAAUUAAUCAUCAUAUAGUUCGUAAAGAAUAUACAGGAGGUGAUAUUCGUAGAUACCUACUUCCCGUGGAUGUAAAUGGUGUCUCUUAUUGUAUCCAGGUUCAGGAGAUUGGAGAAUCAUCUCAUGAUAACAUACUUAUUUUCCUUCAUGGAUUUCUUGGAACCAGUGAAGACUGGACAGCUAUCAUGAAGGCUGUUUCCAGAGGAGCAAGAUGUAUUUCAAUUGACCUUCCUGGGCACGGAGGAACACAAAUACAAUAUCAUGGUGAUAAGAAUACCAUACUGAGAACAAGGUUAUCGAUUGAGGUAGUUGCAGAUGUAGUACAUUCAGUGAUUCAUCAUAUUACACCAGAGAAAGUUACUGUCGUGGGAUAUUCAAUGGGAGCCAGGAUAGCAUUGUACAUGGCCCUUAGGUUUACAGACAAGGUGAAUGGAGCUGUUGUAAUAUCUGGAAGCCCUGGAAUGAAGAAUGAAGCAGCAAGAAAAAUCCGGAGAGCCAUAGAUGAUUCUCGAGCACAAUCCCUUGUUUCUUAUGGUUUGGAUAUCUUUCUGGAGACCUGGUAUGCCGGACAACUAUGGAACCGCUUAAGAGAACACCCCAAAUUUAACCAGAUAGUAGGUAGCCGCCGGAAUCACCACAAAGACGUGCGUUGUCUUGCAAAAGUUCUGUCUAAUUCAAGCAUUGGGAGGCAGCUGCCGUUGUGGGACGACUUGAACCGCAGCAAAACGCCCCUUUUGAUCAUUGUUGGAGAAAAAGAUGAGAAAUUCAAAAGAAUAGGUCAAGAUAUGUGCAAUGCGAUUGAUGGCAGUAGGAGAAGUGGUGACGAUGACCCAUCUAAUGAUAAUGCUAUAUCUGAAAUGGUUGAGAUAUCAAAUUGUGGGCAUGCAGUUCACGUAGAGAAUCCUCUCCCUCUCAUCAGUGCAUUAAGGCGAUUCUUGCAAAGACUUAAUCGACAUCGUUCAAGUGCAGACUGAGUCUGAGAGAAGUGUUCAGAGCCCUCCCAUCGAAUCACUUUUUAAUCAAAUGAAUGUGGUUUAAGAAAUACAUGUAAUUUUGCCAAAAAAAAAAAAACAAUUAAUUUAAUGAGUACUCAGUAUAAUAUGGCGUAGCUAAGGGCAGUUAUAUUUUAUCUAGUUCUUACGGGUAAGAUCUUUUCAGACGAUAUAUAUAUAUAUACUAGUUAGAAGCAAUAUGUAAUCCAUAUUUAUUUACUUUUAAAGUUGUAAACAUGCUUAUUUAAACAAAUAUUAUUUUUAUUAUA